AUGAGAUCAAGAUUUGGUGUUCAUCAUGCAAUCAUUCUCCUCUUUAGCAUUAAUGGCUUUGUUAAUGGAGGAGAGAAUGAAGCAGACCAAGAAGCCUUGCUUGAAUUCAAGACCAAGAUCACCAGUGACCCUCUUGGCAUCAUGAACUUAUGGAAUACAUCAGCUCAGUUUUGCCAGUGCUUCAGCAGUGAAAUUCCCCCGGAUUUAGGCCGGUUGCGCAGGCUAAAGAUGCUGCGGUUGCAUAAUAAUUUGCUCAGUGGAGAAAUUCCUCCCAAUAUUUCAAGUUGCUUGAACCUUAUCAGCAUCACACUUGGUCGCAACAACUUGAUAGGCAGGAUUCCAUUGGAAUUCAGUUCUUUAUUGAACCUUCAAUUACUGAAUGUCGAGUUCAAUGAUCUGACAGGAGGAAUCCCUUCAUUUUUUGGCAACUAUUCAUCUCUGCAAGUGCUGAGCACAACCUUCAACAAUUUUGGUGGAACACUCCCUGAUACUCUUGGUCAACUAAAGAACUUGUAUUACAUUUCAAUGGGUGCAAACUUCUUGACCGGUACCAUCCCUUCAUCACUAUACAAUCUUUCUUUUUUGAGUAUUUUUUGCUUCCCACAAAACCAGCUUCAAGGGACUCUCCCCUCAGACUUGGGCAACGAAUUUCCUUACCUUGUUGAGCUUAAUGUUGGUGACAACCAAAUUACUGGAAGCAUUCCAAUUUCGUUGUCCAAUUCUUCAUACCUGGAGAGACUUACUAUCGCCAUAAAUGGAUUUACCGGAAACGUGCCUUCGUUGGAGAAGAUGCAUAAACUUUGGUGGCUAAGCAUCUCCACAAAUCAUCUUGGAACUGGGGAAGCUCGUGAUUUGGAUUUCUUGUCUACCGUUAGCAACGCAACUAGUUUGCAACUUAUGGCUAUAAACGUCAACAAUUUUGGUGGGAUGUUGCCUAGUGCCAUCACCAACUUUACCAGCCUUAGCAUAAUGACCCUGGAUUCUAAUCGGAUAUUUGGGAGCAUCCCAGCUGGUUUGGGAAAUUUGGUUAACUUGGAGAUGCUAUAUAUGGGGAAAAACCAAUUCACAGGUGAUAUUCCUGAAGAAAUUGGAAAACUUCAGCAACUAAAGAAGUUGGGUCUUCAAGGAAACAAAUUAUCAGGUAACAUUCCAUCUUCUUUCGGAAACUUAACCCUGUUGACCCAUCUCUACAUGUAUCAAAGCAGUUUAAAGGGUAGCAUCCCACCAGAACUAGGCAAAUGCCUAAACUUGUUGUUAUUGAAUCUCAGUCAAAACAACCUUACUGGUGCAAUCCCAAAAGAAGUUUUGAGCAUCCCAUCCUUGACAAUCUAUAUGGACCUAUCACGAAACAACUUGAUUGGUUCCCUUCCUACAGAAGUAGGAACUUUGACAAAUCUUGGAAUAUUGGAUAUUUCGCAUAACAUGUUGUCUGGAGAAAUUCCAGGCACUCUUGGCAGUUGUGUAAGAUUGGAAUCUUUGUUCAUGCAAAACAACUUCUUUCAGGGUACUAUCCCCUCAUCUUUUAUUUCAUUGAGAGGUCUACAAGUUUUAAAUCUGUCACACAACAACUUGACUGGAAGCAUUCCAGAUUUUUUCUUGGAUUUUCGCGCGUUGGCUACCUUGAAUCUUUCUUUCAAUAAUUUUGAGGGUUUGGUACCGACAGAUGGAGUGUUUCGGAAUUCGAGUGCAGUUUCAGUGGUUGGAAACAGUAAGCUAUGUGGCGGCAUUGCUGACAUUGGUCCUAACUUCUCUGUUUCUCUUGUUCGUUAA